AUGUUGAACUGCACGGACCUGGAGUGCAUCCUGCACCACCACCACUAUUACGCCCACCUGCAUCACAUACACCACCUGCAGAAUGCGCAGGAAUCAGGAAAGCAUCAACAAGAUCAGCAGAAAUUUAUUGGUCUCUACGUAAUAGAGAAUGGGGCAAAUCGGCAGGAGCGAGGAUAUCGGUAUGAAGACAUCGGGCGUUCGAGUCGCCCG